AUGCCAAUUGAGAAUCCAGUCAUUGGUGACUUGCUCAGUGAUGUUGGCGCCCUUUUGAAUGAAGUGUUCAGCUCUGGUAUGCACGUCCUUGAGGGAUGUGUUUGCCUUCGAGCAGCUGCAGCAUAUGUUCGUGCUUUCCAGGCUUUUUAUGAAAAUCAUCUCCUCGAUGCCAAGGCCUAUUUGAGAGAGACAGUUCGACUUGGGAAUGAGGAGGAGCUUAAUCGAUUGUCUGCCUCUGCCUUUAUCACGAUGGGCCAAAUUAAUCUUAAUGAACAGAACACUGCUUUGGACCCUAGACUUGGUACACUUUCAGACGUUUCGCCGGCAUUGCAGUCGGCGUCGUCAAUGAACCUUGCAGGUCUUGGCAUCACACGACAACUCGUGAAAGAGACAAAUGAAGUCGCUCCUCUGACCAAUUGUCUGUUUAACAGUUUUAUCUCUCAUUCUGUUCUGGGCUAUUCACGUAACCCAUUUCCUAGUAUCGCCCCUCCUAUCAGAGUCCGCCUCUUGCUCCGAAGGAUCCUUCCCUUAUCUGCCUGA